CGGCAACCGGCUGCAAUUUUAAGAAGUUGCCUAUUCGGACGAAAGAGUGGUACAAGUGAUGGGAUUCUAUAGGGCCGAACCCCCUGCUUCAUGAAUCUCUAGCGCAACUCUUCAAGGGUGACGCGUGGACCCCUCUAUGCCGGAACUGCCAAGGCCGAUUCGACUUAGCUUGAGGAGGCUCUAUUUUGACCUCCUCCGAUACGUGUCGUAUUCUACAUAACCCAUACGAAGUACGACGACCGAGAGCUUGUCAUAUAACUAAACUAAUUUGCCCCGAAAAAAAAACCUCCAAGAUGGACGCUCCAGACAAAGUACUGCACACCGCGAGGAGAUCCCACCGGAAAACUCGAACUGGCUGUCGGACGUGCAAGAGAAGGUGAGAUGAAUGAAAGUGUAGAAUUAAUGGUCUUUUGCUAACCUAGGACAUAGGAAAAUCAAGGUCGGUACUCGGAAUCUCUUAAAUGGUCGCCUCGCUUAUUUUCAACUUUCAACCCUUUUUGCGCCUGUUUUUCCAUUUUUAAACAUUUGCAACACCAGAAUUCUAUUUGAAAGCGUUUUUAAUUCAUACGGAUGACAGAGGCUAAUAAAUUUCGAUGACAUAGUGCGACGAAGGACGACCCUCUUGCUGGAACUGUAUCAAGGUUUGUGUUUUCCCGCCGAGGACCACUUUGCCCGAUUAUUGAUUCUCAUCAAGCAUUCUGUCUCCUGUGAUUUCCUUCCACCAGCUGCAUCGCCAGCAGGCUCUUCGAACGUGGGCACGCCGCCAGGUCAUCAUGUUGCCGGAUUUAUUGGAAGAAAUGGGAUCUGGUCCAGUCCAACUAAUACCUUCAGCUCCAGCUUUGCGAUGGCAAGUAAUGGAGUACUACCCGACCUAAACAUGAACGAUCUAGAGCUUCUACAUCACUGGUCUUUAUCAACGAGUCUUUCAAUGACUUCGGAUCCAGUUCUCAGGACUCUGUGGCGUACCAAAAUCCCUCAAAUGGCUUUCGAAUUUCCAUUCCUAAUGCGUGGUAUCCUUACCGUUGCAGCCCUUCACCUCGCCUACCUUCACCCUGAACGUCGGGACUUUUAUGUCUCGAACUCUUUGCAACAUCACGACAUAGCCCUGUCGGGGGCAACUAAAGUACUCCCAAACGUCUCGAACGAAAACUGCAUGCCACUACACAUAUUUUCCAUUUUGACCUGCAUCCAUACUCUCGGCCGCCCCCGAAAGCCAGAAGACUUCCUUGUCGUAGGCGAGCAGGGAAUUGCCAAAUGGUUCGUGCUCUUCAAAGGUGUUGUACUCAUUAUCGAACGCUUCUCGGAAACCAUGAGUACUGGUCCUCUUGCAGCCUUUUUCCAUUCUCGCGUCCGUCGUCAGCGUCAGCGCCAAUCCUGCAUCGAGACCUCAACAAUGGACCAUCUCUCCAGCCUACGCGCCUCCAUUCUUUCUGCUCCCCUACCCCCGGACACUGCUCAGAUGUACCUCGACAACAUGAUCGAGCUCCAAAAUUCCUUUUCAUUCAUAUAUUCGUGUCCCUCACACUCUCACGAGUUGGGCGAUAUCUUCAUCUGGUUGUUUCGGUGUUCGGAUGGUUAUUUGGUCGCUUUGCAGGAGGGAACUCAGGAAGCGCUCGCCAUCUUUGCGUAUGCUUGUGUGCUGUUCUGGAAGAUGGAGAAAUUUUGGUGGAUGGAGGGAUGGAGUGGAUUGAUUAUGAAUAAUAUCUGGAAUUGGUUGGACGAUGCACACAAGUCGUGGAUUGAAUGGCCCAUUUCCGAGAUAGGAUGGAAUCCUCCUGAAGAACGGGGCAUGGAACCGGUCAAAUUGGAACGGCAACAUAUCAUGGGCUAAUGGAACCUUUCUAUGGGGAUUUUUCACGGCGCUGGUUGCCUAUGGUAUAUAUCCUUCGAGCUUUUGUUGGAAUAUCUUUUUGAGCGGCGUUAUGGCGUAUGGUGAAGAGGGAGAUACGGGUCAACGGGCAGCUUUAUAUCAACUCGUUAAGGUCCUUAUUUUCUACAAACUAUACAUUAUUAUGUUUUCCAUGCGCAGAGAAAUCCCAAACACAACUCACUAUACUUGAAUCCCCUAAAGAACCCACUUGAUAUCAGGCUUUGCAAGGCAACUCGGAUGUGGGACUUGAGAGUUGA